AUGGUUUAUACUUAUGCUAGUCUCUGCGAAAGCAUGAGGCUUUACCCUCCAGUUCUGGUGGACACGAAGCAGGCAAGCACCGACGAUGUUUUACCGGAUGGGGACCGUCGUGAAGAAAGGUGGCUGGGCUACAUCCAACCCUCACAUCUUCCCAAUUCAGAACUUAUGAAGUUUGUCAUGCUUUCCAACUUCUCCAUUGUUGGAAUGAACGUAUAUGAGUUGAGUUCAACAGAAGGGCCAGAAAUUGGUUUGUAUCUAUUCAGAAGAGUGCCUCAUUUAAGAAUUCUUGUAUGUGGAGGAGAUGGGACAGUAGGGUGGUUAUUGGAUGCAAUUGAGAAGCAAAAUUACUUUUCACCCCCUCCUGUAGCCAUUUUACCUGUUGGAUCUGGGAAUGACUUGGAUAGGGUUUUGAAUUGGGGUGGUGGUUUGGGGUCUGUAGAGAGACAAGGAGGACUUUGCAUGAUGCUGUAA